CCAAUAAAUCUCAAAAGCUUCACACAGUUCACAGGAGAUUUCAGAAACCCUAAGACGCGAAAACCAUAGACAAGCUAUAGGAAGAUGACACAGAAAGCUAACCUAUUCAAAGGUCAGAAGAAGAAGAAAUCGAUUCCUCCAAAUCGCCAUGGAAAAAUCCCUCAAACUCGAAAAGGGAAGAGAGCUGUAAAGCCUUCGAAGGUCACAAAGGAGAUGGAUGCUGAUCGGGAGACGAGCAAGUUCAUAAACUACUGCAACGAGUUGAAAGCGGCCACUGCUGCCAACAAGGAAGGUGGACAAUUGAGUAUUGUUAAAGCACCGCCAGAGUCCACUAGUGAUGCAAAGAAAUAGUUGACCACGAGACUGCAGCACUGGGUAAUUGUUAAGGAAACACAAACUGGCUUCAUGUAUCAAAACAUUUGUGAUGUAGGCUGCCUUCUUUUUGGCCGGUGGGGUGAGAGGUGGUUUUUUGUUUUGCUGUUUGACUUCCCUUUUGAUUUAUACGAUGUUUAGAUAUGACGGUCAAAACGGUUCAAAUUUUGAAAAAAUGUGUAUUCAAAAUGAUGCAAUAUUUAAGAUUUGCGUUGCGUAGAUUUGAAUUCA